UAUAAGUAUGAUUAAACUUAUAAUUUUUGCUUUCUUGAUGCAUUAAUGUUUGACUGUAGAUAUUGAUCCAAAUACAUUCAGUAAUUAUUUGGAUGUUAGAAUGAAUCACUUACAUGUAGAGUGGUUAUUAAAUCUAGAUAAAAAAAUUGUUAAUGGCACAGCACAAAUUUCAUUCAAGUUUCUUAAACAUACCAAUUAUGUAUGAUAUUACUAUUGAAUCUAGAUUGAUUUAGAUGUAUAUCAAUUGGAUAUCUUAAAUGUAUAUUUAGUCAAUGGAAAUUCUCUCAAACAUGAAAUCCAAGUCGUCAAAGAAUAAUCUUUAAUUCAAGGUGAUAGAUUGCAUAUCAUAUUGGAUAGAGAUUACAACCCUUUAGAAAACAUAAUAAUAAGAAUUAAAUAUGCAUAUGAUGAAAGAGCUAGAGCUGUUGGUUUCCUUACUAAAGAAUAAACUUACAGCAAGAAAGUACCAUACAUGUUUACUCAAUGUGAAAGUAACAAUUGCCGUUCAAUCAUUCCUUUAUAAGAUACUCCAAGUGUCAAAUUUACUUAUACAUCAACAGUGAUUAGCACUAAUCCUUUAAUUAAAGCAUUUAUGACAGGAGAAUAAAUUGCAUCAUUGCCUUUAAUUGGACAAUACGGAUUAGAAUCCACAUUUUAUUCAUAUUCAUUUUAAUUAAACAUUCCUAUCCCAGCAUAUUUGAUAGGUAUAGUAGCAGGAGAAAUUGAAUAAAAACAUAUUGGAGCUAAUUGUUAUGUAAUUUCUGAACCCUUUUAUUUGGAUGACUAUGCAAAAGAAUUAGAUGAAUUACCAUUUUUUAUUGAAAAAAUGACUGAAUACAUAGGUCCUUAUAUUUGGGGAGAUUAUAAAAUAGUAAUAUUACCUUAAUCAUUUCCAUUUGGUGGAAUGGAACAUCCGUUAUUAACUUUUGCAAGUCCUGUCAUUAUUGUAGGAGAUAAAAGUGGAGUUGGAACUGCUGUUCAUGAAAUAGCUCAUUCUUGGAUGGGAAAUACAGUCACAGGAAAUAAUUGGUCUAAUAUGUGGAUUAUGGAAGGAUUUUGUGUCUUUUUAGAAAGGAAAACAUAUAAAUAUGUGAGACCUUAAGAUUAUGACAUAAUUGAAGCCAUAAAUGGAAACUUUAAUUUAAUAUCAGCUAUUUAAGGUUUCACUGAUCCAGAUCAAAAAUCUUAUUAAACAUUACAUCCUAUCACUAGUUGGAAGAACCCUGAUGAUUCGACUUCUUCGGUACCUUAUGAAAGAGGAUAUCAAUUAUUAUAUUACUUAGAAUAAUUAAUUGGUGAAGAAAACUUCAAAUUUAUGUUAAGAUAAUAUUUAGAACAUUUUAAAUUUUAGAGUAUUGACGAAGAUGAUUUCUAUAAAUUUUUAUUAGAUUGGGUUAGAUCAAAUGUAAAAGUUAAUACAUAAAAAAUAAUUGAUGAUAUUAUUGCUAUUUACAAACCCUGGGUAUAUUAAGAAGGUAAUUAUUUUUAUUAAUGAUUUAGGAUUGCCUCCCAAACCUAUUGAUUUCAAAACUCCAAAGUAUGAUGAAGCAGUAGCUCUGGCAAAUAAGUGGAUUACUCAAGGUUAACCAUAAAAUGCAGAUGACUACAUUAAUUACAUGCCAAAUCAAAAAAUGAUCUUCAUGCAAUAAUUUCUAGAUAAUUAUUCAAAAUUAACUCAUCAAAGAUUAAAAGAAUUAGAUGAUUAUUAUAAAUUAUCAGGAACAAAAUCAGGUCCUAAAAUAGCCUUUAAAUGGUAUAAGACUGUUAUUCUUUGUAAAUAUGAUACUGGGCUUGAAGCUGUUCAUGCAUUUUUAUAAAGUUUGGGAGUGAGAUCCUAUGUUGUUGGUACAUAUGAAGUAUUAAUUCCAAAUUAUCCGUAAAUAAUAAAUUUAUUAUAGAAAUUAAGCCGAAGCCUGGUUUGCAUAAGAUAAAUGGUUAUAUCAUCCAUUGGUUGCAAAUAGAGUUGAGGAUAUGCUCAAAAAAAAAAUAAAAAGAGCUUAGAUCACAUAAUGAC